AUGGGGGUCGCGGGCCGCGGCCGUCCCGGGGCGUCCCGGGCGCUGAAGCUACUGCUGCCGCUGCUGCUGGCCGCCGCCGUCCCGCCAGCCCGGGGCCGCGCCACCGGGCCGCCCGAGGACGUGGAUGAAUGUGCCCAAGGGCUAGAUGAUUGCCACGAAGAUGCACUGUGCCAGAACACAGCCGCCUCCUACAAGUGCGCCUGCAAGCCCGGCUACCAAGGGGAGGGCAAGCAGUGUGAGGACACUGAUGAAUGUGAAAAUGAACUCAACGGAGGCUGCGUCCAUGAAUGUCUGAAUAUUCCAGGGAACUAUCGCUGCGCUUGUUUUGAUGGCUUCAUGUUGGCGCAUGACGGUCACAAUUGUCUUGAUGUGGACGAAUGCCUGGAGAAUAACGGAGGCUGCCAGCACACCUGUGUUAAUGUCAUGGGGAGCUAUGAGUGCCGCUGCAAAGAAGGCUUCUUCCUGAGUGACAAUCAGCACACGUGCAUUCACCGCUCAGAAGAGGGCCUGAGCUGCAUGAACAAGGAUCAUGGCUGUAGUCAUAUCUGCAAGGAGGUCCCAAGGGGCGGCGUCGCCUGUGAGUGCAGGCCUGGCUUUGAGUUGGCCAAGAACCAGAGAGACUGCGUGUUGACUUGUAACCAUGGAAACGGCGGGUGUCAGCACUCCUGUGAAGACACUGCUGAAGGCCCUGAGUGUGGCUGCCAUCCACAGUAUAAGCUGCACACAGAUGGGAGGAGCUGCCUCGAGCCAGAGAGCACUGCCCUGGAGGUGACAGAGAGCAAUGCCACGUCAGUGGCAGAUGGGGACAAGCGGGUGAAACGGCGGCUUCUCAUGGAAACCUGUGCUGUCAACAAUGGAGGCUGUGAUCGCACCUGUAAGGACACCUCGACAGGUGUGCACUGCAGUUGUCCUGUUGGAUUCACUCUCCAGCUGGAUGGGAAGACUUGCAAAGAUAUUGAUGAAUGCCAGACCCGAAACGGAGGUUGUGAUCAUUUCUGCAAAAACACCGUGGGUAGUUUUGACUGCAGCUGCAAAAAAGGAUUUAAAUUGUUAACAGAUGAGAAGUCAUGCCAAGAUGUGGAUGAGUGCUCUUUGGACAGGACCUGCGACCACAACUGUGUCAACUACCCUGGCACGUUUACUUGUACCUGCAACAGAGGACACACCCUCUAUGGCUUCACCCACUGUGGCGAUACCAACGAGUGUGGCAUCAACAACGGAGGCUGUCAGCAGGUCUGUGUGAACACAGUGGGCAGCUACGAAUGCCAGUGCCAUCCCGGGUACAAGCUCCACUGGAAUAAAAAAGACUGUGUGGAAGUGAAGGGGUUCCUGUCCACUAGUGUGUCACCUCAUGUGUCCCUGCACUGCAGUAAGAGUGGUGGAGGAGACAGGUGCUUCCUCAGAUGUCACUCUGGCAUUCACCUCUCUUCAGGACAACAAGAGACCUACUCUGUCACCUGCGGCUCUCCCUCUCCUCCCAGGAGCAGACAGCAAAAGUCCAAUGACUCUGCUUUUGGGGAUGUCGCCACCAUCAGGACAAGUGUAACCUUUAAGCUAACUGAAGGCAAGUGUAGUUUGAAAAAGGCUGAGCUGUUUCCUGAGGGUCUGCGAGCAGCGCUAUCAGAGAAGCACAGCUCCAUAAAAGAGAGCUUCCGCUAUGCAAACCUUACAUGCAGCUCCGGCAAGCAAGUCCGCCCGACCGCCCCCAAGGAAAUGUUUGUCACUGUUGAGUUUGAGCGUGAAACUUACCAAAAGGAGGUGACAGCCUCCUGUAAUCUGAGCUGCACCGUGAAGCGGACCGAGAGGCGGCUGCGCAAGGCCAUCCGCACGCUCCGCAAAGCGGCCCACCGCGAGCAGUUUCGCCUGCAGCUCUCGGGCGUGGACCUCGACGUAGCCAGGAAGCCCGCCCGGACCCCCGAACGGCGCCCCGGGGCCUGCGCCGUGGGCCAGGGCCGCGUGGAAAACCAGUGUGUCAGUUGCAGGGCCGGGACAUAUUAUGAUGGAGCCCAAGAACGCUGCAUUUUAUGUCCCAGUGGAACCUUCCAAAAUGAGGAAGGACAAGUCACUUGUGAACCAUGCCCAAGGCCAGAAAAUCUUGGGGCCCUGAAGAUCUCAGAAGCUUGGAAUGUGUCUGAAUGUGGAGGCUUGUGCCAACCUGGCGAAUAUUCUGCAGAUGGGUUUUCCCCAUGCCAGCUCUGUGGCCUGGGCACAUUCCAACCUGAUGUGGGCCGUACUUCCUGUUUCUCUUGUGGAGGAGGCCUUCCCACUAGACGUCUGGGAGCCACUUCCUUCCAGGACUGUGAAACCAGAGUUCAAUGUUCGCCUGGACAUUUCUACAACACCACCACUCACCGCUGUAUCCGUUGCCCAGCGGGGACAUACCAGCCUGAAUUUGGAAAAAAUAACUGUGUCUUCUGCCCAGGAGACACUACCACUGAUUUUGAUGGCUCCACCAACAUAACGCAGUGUAAAAACAGAAGAUGUGGAGGGGACCUGGGGGACUUCACAGGGUACAUAGAGUCUCCAAACUACCCGGGCAAUUAUCCAGCCAACACGGAGUGCACCUGGACCAUCAACCCACCUCCCAAGCGCCGCAUCCUGAUCGUGGUCCCCGAGAUCUUCCUGCCCAUAGAGGAUGACUGCGGAGACUACCUGGUGAUGCGGAAAACCUCUUCACCCAAUUCUGUGACCACAUAUGAAACCUGCCAGACCUAUGAACGCCCCAUCGCCUUCACCUCCAGAUCAAAGAAGCUGUGGAUUCAGUUCAAGUCCAACGAAGGGAACAGUGCGCGAGGGUUCCAGGUCCCCUAUGUGACAUACGAUGAAGACUACCAGGAGCUCAUUGAAGACAUAGUUCGAGAUGGCAGGCUCUACGCAUCAGAGAACCACCAGGAAAUACUGAAGGAUAAGAACCUGAUCAAGGCUCUGUUUGACGUCCUGGCCCAUCCCCAGAACUAUUUUAAAUAUACAGCCCAGGAGUCCCGAGAGAUGUUUCCAAGAUCUUUCAUCAGAUUGCUACGCUCCAAAGUGUCCAGAUUCUUGAGACCUUACAAAUGACUUUGCCCUUGUUUCACUCAGAGCAUGUUUGCUGUGGGGUGUGGUUGUCUGUCUCCUGUGUGCCAGCACACGGUUAUCUCCUGUAUCAGUGACUCGUUAGAGUUCAAUUUUUAUAGAUAAUACAGAUAUUUUGGUAAACUGAA